CGGAAAGUCUGAGUGUACCGGUAUAUGUUUCUGUGUAACAACGUAAAAAAAAGAGAAAAAUAUUAUGUAUGCGGAAGUAAAUUUCAGGUAGAUUAAAUUGCAGUUUAAGAAAUAAAAUAAACUUUAGAGUAAUCCGAGAUUUUAAUAGAUGCAUGUUUGUUUUCAUAACUUGUGAUUGAAAGCGACUUCAGCAACUUCAGACUGCAUGUGUACCUUUCAUUAAAAUGAAAAGAGAUACCGGGAACUGCAAUACUAUCAGAAAUUUUAGUAAACGUAUGUCUUUUUUAUGAAAGAAGUUAAGAAAAAGAAAGAGAUUCAUAAAAUGCGAUAUUAUCCGACGGUUAUGUUAAUGCAUGCGUUAAUUUAAAAUAUGAAUUGCGGUUUGAAAAUAAAAGGAAAUGCAUGGGUUUUAUAAUUUGCAGCUUAAAACGUCCUUGGUAAAGGCAACGUGUGAAAUUAUUACACAUUUGAGCAAAUGCAAGAGCGUUUUAUCAAAAAUUAAAAAGGGACAUAGAACAUAGCUGUUUCAAAAUGCGAGGCCAGGCUGUCAUCAUAGUGAAUGAAAAGGCAGUGGGGGGAUCUAAGUUCAAAGAACGUAAAGGCGCGUCUAAAGAUGAUGACAAUCUGCAAAGAGCUUUCUGCACAAAGCUCAAAUUUAAGUGGUUAAAUCACGGCCAAGACAGAGAUCUUAAAAAGUCAGAAUGGAUCCACUCUGCGGAGAAAGCACCACCAAAUUGCGGCUGUAUAACUUGCAAGAUUCAGAACACAAAUCAUGAAAAUUCAGAGUGUUUCUUAUUGGUCAUGAGCUCGCAUGGUAGUGAGGUCGGAGGGGAGCAGUAUAUCAGAUUUAGCGAUGGUGAGGAGGUCAAAUUGUCCGAAAUAAUAAAGGCACUAAGUGACGAAAAAUGCCGGUCUCUGGAAGGAAAACCAAGAAUUCUGAUUUUGCAAGCAUGUCGGUCAAAUCCGGUCCUUCCUGAAGAUCAACGGGAAGACCCCGGUUACAAUGUGGAUAUUGGUAUACAAAACAUUAACCUCGAUGACACUGAGACAAAUUCAGCAGACGGAAACGAUGCGCAGCCAAAGACCGGAAAUGAAUUAGGCCAGGGAGAUCAGCUGGAAAACACUAACAAUACCACAGCCGACGCCCGUCAAGAAGGUACGGAUGUUUCUUCGUCAGUUGAAGAAAGCGAUGCAGAUCCUGAGGAAGUUAACACCGGGUCGCCCCAGUGUUUUAUCCCAAAGAAUUUUCUGAUUGUGUAUCCGUCUGCUGCAGGAAAGAGGGCCAAACGAGAUACGUCAAAAGGCUCGUGGCUGAUUGAUGAGUUAUGUAAUGCUAUUGAUGAGCAUAACUUUAAAAAAGACACCGAGAUGAACUUCCUUAAAAUACUUACGGAAGCUGCAGGUAGUGUUGCUAGAAGUCGAGAAACGCAUGACGGAUAUAAAAAUGCACCCUCUAUUGUACAUAGGCUAAUAGAACCGCUGAUAUUUAAAGACGUAGCGGAUGAAUCUGAAAAUAUGCCAACUGACAGACCGGCGCUGUAGAUAUACUUCAGCGAUUUGUUUCUUUGACAUAAAUCAAUAUUUUAUGCAAAUAUAUAUACGCAACUAAUAUCAUAUCUACUUAUAUUGGCGGUGAUAGACGCGGUUUUAUAUCUAUCAUGUAUCUUUACCUUCUAAAGUUGAGGACGAAUUACAUUUAAUUCUGAAAUGCAAGACAGAAGGAAAAAGGUAUAUAAGUAACUAUUAUUGUAAAUGUCCAUGUGCUUAUAACUUCAUUGAAAUUUUGAAUUUGACAAAUAUAAGUGUACUUAUUAAAC